AUGAGCUUUCUUGUGGACAGUACGCUUCUUCCACGAGCGCCGCGCGCGAACUACGAGCACGAGCAAUGGGUGGGCAAGAGACAGACGUGGUUGGCUCCUGUGGCCCAGGCGGACGUACCAGAAAGAGUAUGGAGUGGGGAGUUUGACGUUGAGAGGCGGCCGAGUUGGGUGGGCAGGGAGUCAGGAGCAUUGAAUAGUGACGACGAUACAAAGUUGUUGAAGGAGAAAGAACAAUUUUUGGUGCAUUGGGAGGAGGGCGAUGCCAAAAACCCGUUGAACUUUGGAAAGGGAAAAAAGUGGAUGAACGCGAUGAUCCUCGCAUUCGCAUGCUUCAUGGUAUCGAUUGCAUCGUCCGGAUUCUCGCAAGGGACGCGAGACUUGAAAACCGAGUUCAACAUCGAUCAGGUUGUUGCAUUGAUGACCACGUCUGCUUUCGUCCUCGGAUUUGCGGCCGGAGCUCUCGUACUGUCGCCAUUGAGCGAAGUGUAUGGUCGUCGCGAGUUGUAUAUCUCGACCUUCGGUGCAUUCGUCUUGCUGACCGGAGCAUUGUUCUUCUCUUCCUCCAUGACUGCAGUAAUUGUACUACGUUUUCUUGGUGGACUUACUGGCUCCUUCACACAGGCGGUCGCCCCGGCCGUGGUCGCGGACAUGUUUGACGCACAAGAGCGUGGAUUGGUACUCAGCAUCUUCACCCUCGCAGGCCUUCUGGGCCAGAACUUGGGUCCCAUUAUUUGCGGAUUCCUCGAUGCCUACCACGGCUGGCGCAGCCUCGUCGUCUUCGUCACUGCGGCGUCUCUUCCCACCUGGCUCGUCUUGACCUUCACCUUCCCGGAGACAUACGCACCCGUGCUACUACAACGCCGCGCCAACAAGUUGACCAAGGAAACCGGCAAAAAGCACAUCGUCGCAGGCGCAACACCCAAGCCGAUCAGCACACAACUCCGUGUUGGUGCCUUGCGCCCCUGGAUCAUGCUCGUCUACGAGCCCAUUGUCACGCUCCUCUCCCUCUUCCUGUCCGUCGUCCACGGCACGCUCUUCCUUCUCUUCGCCGCCUACCCUAUCGUCUUUCAACAAGUCCGCGGUUGGCCUCAGGGCGUCGCCUCACUUCCUUUCCUCGCACUGGUCAUUGGCAUUGUCCUUUCCCUUUUCUACGUUGCAUUGAUCGACCAGAGGCGAUAUGCUCGUGUGGUAGCUCGCAACAACGGCGUCGCACCGCCCGAAGCGCGCCUUCCACCCGCCAUGCUCGGCGCUGUCGUCCUACCCAUCGGCCUGUUCUGGUUUGCAUGGACCAACGGACCCGAAACUUUCUGGCUCAUCAGCGUCAGUGCAGGCGUUUUCUUCGGCUUCGGCAUGGUUCUUCUGUACAUCAGUCUUACGAACUACCUGGUAGACUCUUAUCUGGCAUAUUCGGCGUCUGCACUUGCUGCUAGCACUGUCUUGCGCUCCUGCGCCGGUGCUGCAUUUCCUUUGUUCACGAACGAUCUAUACAACAAGUUGGGCAUUCACUGGGCGUCUAGCAUCCCGGCUUUCAUGGCACUGGUGUUCGUACCAUGCUUGGUUGCCCUCUAUGAGUGGGGCCAUAUUUUGAGGAAAAAGACGAGGUUCGGGCAGGAAGCCGCUGCUUUGGCGGCACAGGCGCAGAAGUAA